GGACACUACAGAUUUUUCAAUUCCAGAGAAUUUUCAGUUAGUGACACAAUUGCUAUCAGUUAGGAACCGAAAGUUGUACAAAGACACUUCUUUGUCAGUUUAUCCCACUUUUAAAAGAAUGAAACCGGGCCUUUAUUUACUAGGUGGAGGUGGAAAAAAUCUUCAGAUGUAAAACAUCACUUUGAAAAUGAGGAAUACUUUCAGUCUCGUCUGGAUUCUCGAAAUAAUCAUUGUUUGCGCGAGUGCACUGAAACUUCAUAAAAACAAGACAAUCUCGCAUGCACAAGCUAAAAUCGUCGGAGGACAGAGAUUAUCAAUCAUUGAUCGACCGUACAUGCUUUCUGUUCAUCUCAGACAAAAGGGCUUUCAAUGUGGUGCUUUUAUUGUGUCGGAAGAAUGGGGAUUAACUGCACAGCAUUGUUUCAAAAUCAUGGACCCGAAACAGUACGCAAUUCGAGCAGGAUCGGAUCAAUUUCAAAGAGGUGGAUCAAUACACCGGGUGACGGAAGUUGUUGUUCGUGACAUUUCUUUAUUAUACGAUAAAAUUCCACUCUACGAUAUUGCCCUCUUCAAAGUCUCGCCAAAAUUCAGAUUUUCCUAUUUCAUACAACCGGCAAAAUUACCGCCUGUGGAUUUAGACUACGAUCCCCCGAUACUUGUCGUUUCGGGCUGGGGAACUUCGGGAGCAUCUUCUGGAGUUCGAGUUUUGAAGAAGAAGGGAAAAGCACUAGUGUCAACGUAUUUAAUGGCAGCUCGAAUACCAUUCGUCAGUCAUGAAAAGUGCCUUUCAGUAUAUCCCGAAGUUUUGAAAAGUGAUUUGCACAUUUGUUACGGAGGUCGUGGUGUUGAUGCUUGUACAGGUGAUUCAGGAGGACCACUUGGGGACAGGCACACUGUUUAUGGAAUUGUUUCUUUCGGAUAUGGUUGUGCACAACCACAAAUUCCGGGAGUUUACACGCGACUAGCAACCCAUAGAGAAUGGAUUCGAAAAAUAGCGAAUAUAUAAUUUCAUGUUACAUUGAUUAAUGUUCUUCUGAUUAUCUCAUCUCUAAAUCUAAGUCAGUGAAAUUUCACUGAGAAUCUGUGACUCCAUUCUUACCAUUUCAAUCACUAAAAUUUUUCUGAUUGUUAAAAUUUAGAAAAUGUUUAGAAAAUGACUGCAAAUAGUGAUGCCUCAAGUCAUUUGAGAACAAGAAGAAGAAAAUUUAAAUUCAAGUUGCAACAUAUUGAAAAUUAUUUUUAAUUGUCUAAUCAGUAAAAAAUGACUGAUAUUUCAAUCAAUUUUAACUUUCUUCCAGUUAGAUUUUACUGAAAGUAUUUUUUCUAUUUUUUACUUUCAGAAUAGUCACUGAUUUUCAGUUUAAUUUCACUGAUGAUUCGCUGUUUUAGAGAGUAUACGUAUAUCUAAUCAAAAAUGGGUCUCUAUAAGCAGCAUGUGACUUAUAUGUUAACGGUCACGUGAUCGUGAAACUUUAUGAAAUGUCACGUAAAAUAAUUAUUAGAUGAGCUCACAUUUUGUAAAAUAUAGUCUUACAUUGAAAUAAAAUAAAAAUAAAAAUGCAGUGAGAAAGCUCGAAGGAAGCUUCAACCAAAAUAUUUUGAAAGCAUAAUUUGGCAGAAGAUCUUAUGUUGUAUAAAGUAGUUCGUGUGACCUAAAAGUCACCUACUGUUAAAAACCCGAAUUUUUAAAAAUUUUUGUAAAAGUUAGAAAAAGGUGCAUAAUGAUAUUAAUUUUUAGCAUUAAGGGCAUUUGAACCAUUAUGAUGUCACAAUUUGUUCAAAGUUGAUCUAAAAUUGUGACGUCUAUUUUAAAUUCGCAUUGCAUUGUAAAUAAUCAAAAUUCAUUCAAUUUUCGCCUACUACAAAAAAUUUUAUUCUAAAUUUAAGAAUUUUGGUUCCCAUUCAAUAACAAUGAAAGAAAAUUUAUUUGAUUUAAAUAACCGAUUACUUGACUAUUAGAAAAUAAAUAUUUACUUGACUCAAAGCAUUUUUAUUUGAAUCAAAUAUGUAAACUGAAUUUGAACCAAUAAUUUCUGUAGUUAAAACAAAUGUAUUAAAGCAAAUUAUUUACCAUUAUUUACCACCAUUUAUUUGAUUCAAGUCAAAAUUAUUUAGUAGAAAUGAAUAUUUAUUUGACAAUAGACAAGUAAUCGAUUAUUCGAAUCAAAUAUGUAUUUUUAACAGUGAAUAAA